AUGUCGUACGUGGAAGAAGAAUACUACGACAGUGAGGAAUACGCGGUAGAAUACGAAGGCAACGGCGGUGAAUGGGCGCUGGUGUCACCCGCGGAGGUUGUGUGGCGGCCUGUGGGUGCCCGUGCAGAGGAAUGGCUUUUUACUACGUUGUCAAUAAGUGAAGUUUUAGGGGAUCUGCAAAGAGACGUUGAGAAGGUGAAUGAAAUUCUCGGCCUUACGCCAGAGGCUGCUUUACUUGUUUUGCGCCAUUACGGUUGGAAGAUGAAUGACGCCACGCUUGAGAAAUAUUUUAACGACAUGGAUAAAGUCAACAGUGAACUAAGAAUUACGGAGGCAGCUUUUCAUGGUGGUGGUGCUGGCGCGGAGUUGAUAAGGGGCGAACAACCGAUUGAGUGCCCCAUAUGCGGUGAUGAUGUGUCCGCAGAGGAGAGCGUGGCCCUUGGAAAUUGCCGUCAUUUUUUAUGUGUCAAUUGCCUGCGAACAAAUCUUCUCUGUGCGGUCAAGCAUGGCCAUGACUUACUUGACAAAAGGUGCCCGAUACGUGGGUGCCACAGUCUGGUGGGGUUGAAUCUGUUUAAAGAGCUUUUGCCAGCAAGAGAUUACGGUCAGGUCCAGCGGCGUUUCCUCAAUGAUUAUUUUAUUAGCAACAGACACAUGUGCUGUUGCCCCAACGAGGCAACUUGCGAGGGGGUGAUAUGCGUCAAGGCCAUACGAGAGUCGGGUCUAGAAGUCCAAUGCCAUGUGUGUAAGCUGAAGUUUUGCUUUAAUUGUCUUCGUGCUCCCCACGCCCCGGCGACAUGUGAUAUGAUGCAGCGCUGGGAAAGGAUGCUGCAAGAGAAUGAGCCCUCGCUUGCACUUAUCAAAGAGAUGACGAAGGGAUGCCCCAAUUGUGCAGUACGUGUGGAGAAAAACAUGGGUUGCAAUCAUAUGACAUGUGUUCGCUGCCAUCAUGAGUACUGCUGGGUCUGCCUGGGUCCCUGGUCGGAGCACAACGCCGGCUACUACAGCUGCAACAAGCGAAGUCGUAGUGACAAAAAGGUCGGAAAGGACCUUUUGCUUGACUGUUUUGAACGGUGGGACAAUCAUAAGCGUAGCAUUGCGCUGGAGGCAAAGUCACUUGAAGAGUGCUCUAAAAAAUUAAGAAAACUUACACAACAUCACAUGGGCACAUCAACACCGGACAGGACACUCUCAGUUCUAUUUAACACGCAACGCGUGCUGCACGAUUGUCGUGUUGUGCUGAUGAAUGCGUAUAUUGCACUCUUCUUUAGUGAGAAGACAGGCACGUCGCUGCAUUAUCGUAUUCACCAGCUGGAAUUACGGACCGAGGAGACCAGCAGAGUUAUUGACGUCUCACCAGAACUUAUUGACACUGAUGAAAUUGAGUGUCACAGUCAUCAAGCGCUUCACUGGUGCAAUGUCUUGCGGGGAGAUGGCUUUGAUUGA